AUGGGUGGAGGUGGGUGCGUUCAGAUCGAACCCGUGGGUACUGCGGAAGAUCUCAUACUUCGUGUGGAAAUUGCUACAGGAAAGUAUUCCGAAAUACAGAAAGAAGAGAAAAUGUUCAGGCGAACAGAGAGGCUGUUAAGAGGAAUGAUAUGGAUUGAUCGGACAUUGAUGGCUGAAUUUGUUGAAGAAAGAAAGAAAACUGAAAUAAGAGAAGGGAAUACCGAACAGGAAAUCGUUCCGGAUAACCCCGAUUUUUUCCCAAAUUCGUCCAUCAUGGAGAAUUGGGAACACACUGGGUGUUCAAUUUUGGCGUCUGAGAGGAUGACCUUCCAUGGCACCAGGUUGUUUAUCGAUUUCUAUGUUAAUUCGCCUGCUGGAACUUUGUAUCUCAACUCAUUUAGAAUCAAUCAGAAUCAAGAUCAAGACCAACAGGAUCAAGAUUUGUGUCAUUGGUUCACAGAGGUCAUUGAAAAGGUUGGAGUUGAGGUUGUGGUUCAGAAGAUUGAUUUUAUUCUUGAAGAUUUUAGAGCAGUUGAUUGGGUAAAUGAUAUAAUUGAGAGGGCGAAACUUUUAAUGGGUUUUCUCUGCAAAAACCCUUACCCUCUAGAUUUUAUGAGAACUUUAGGACUUAACCUCAUUGGUGUGGAUCAAACGAGAAGUUCUACAGAUUUUAACACGUUAGAGAGACUAACCUGUGUUGAACAAUCUUUGAAAAUGUUGGUUAGCACAAAAGAGUGGGAAGAUGCAGAAAAAAAUAUGUUAAUCCAUCAUAACUUUGUCUACUAUAUACUAAGUGAUGCUUUUUGGGGAGAAUGUAAAAGGGUUCAUAUUUUGGUUGGGCUUCUAUUGAGUUCACGCCGAUUAACGAUUGAAAAAACCAUACCUAGUUUAAGGUAUGUGUUUGCGGCUCUGUAUAGAGUAAAGGAGACGAUUAAGAAAGAUUUUCUGGGUGAGUAUGAGACGUAUUGGAAUAUGAUCGAUCAUAGGAUUGAAGCUCAUUCUGUCCCGCUUUACAAGGCUGGAUUCUACUUUAGCCCAAUUUUUUUCCGGAAACAAGAACCCAUUUUAGAUUCCGCGGUAUCAUUUUUUGGGAAAAUUCUUCAUGAUGAUAACGUUGCAGAAGACAGAGUAGUUUAUGAACAAGAUUUAUAUAAUAACAACCAAAAUAUUGAGGGAAACGUUGAUCCAGGUAUUAUUUUAACGAUUUAUUUAAACCUGUAA